GUGCUAGCGUUCGGAUCGCAAUCUUGAAUUUAAAAUGGAUUUUUUGUUAAAAAGCAAGAUUCUCGAAUUGGACCCGGACACAGUACAGUAUGUUCGUAAACAGUACAACCUGGACAAACCCGGAAGAAUAGAAGACGCAGUAGCUCUGCUGAGGGAAUGGGUUCAAAAACAGUCGCAUUUUAACAAGAAAGAUUUCAGUGAUCAGUACUUAGAGGUGACAAUAAUAAUCUGCAAGGGGUCGGUAGAGCGCGCCAAAACACAAUUGGACAAAAUGUGCACAUUCAGAACUUUAAUGCCCGAUUUUUUCUCAACACGUGUGGUAAAAAAGGAAUAUGAAGAAUAUCACAAAAUUGUUCAAUCGAUCGUGUUGCCCAAGUUAACACCCGACCACUACAGAGUGCACCUUGCCAAAUAUCACAACGUCGAAUGGGAAGCUUCACAAGCCAUUCACUUCUUUAGACAAAACGUUUACUUAGCUGAAUACAUUAAGGCACAUGAUUAUUUGAGUGGUUUCGUCUUGGUUAUUGAUUUAUCUGAUGCCAACAUAAUGAACUUUUUGCCUAAAAUUAAUGUUUUCCAAGCUAAACAAACUAUGACUAUAUUAAUGGAAGGAUACGGCAUGAGAGUCAAACAAAUGCACGUAAUAUCAAAAUCUAAACUUGUGGACGGUUUUGUGUUGUUAUUAAAGCAAUUGGUCAGCCCCAAAAUAGGCGACCGAAUCAAAGUGCACAAAAGUAUACAGGAUCUAUUUAAGUACAUUCCGAAAGCCAUACUUCCCAAAGACUAUGGUGGUGAAGAACGUUCGCUGGAGACACUUCAAGCGGAAUGGAUUGAUGCGUUUACAACGGAUGAAUACUUGAAAUACUUGCAAGAAAUGAACGCAGCCACAACAAAUGAGUCCUGUCGACCAAGAGACAAAUUUUCCGAAAAUUACGCUGGAAUGUCGGGCACUUUCAGAUAUUUGACUGUUGAUUAAAUAGACCAAAAAACUAUCAAACCAAUGCGUUAUAGUUUGGCAAGUUCGUUGAUGAUACUCCCAUGAUA